ACGCACGCACACACACACGCACGCACACUUACUUAUGUUACUCCUGUCUGGGGUAGAUCGAGGGCACCAUCAGCAGUCAGCUUGUUCUUGGGGGAAUACCGACCACGUCACAACUAAUAUCUAGGAGACCUUACCUAAUUGAUCCACGACUUUCUACCGUGUGUAUUUUUUGUUUGUUUUUUUAAUAACGGACUCACCGCGCGCUGACCAGUAGAGCUACAAAAACUUCGAAUUCUUGGUUCACGCGGUCUCAAAGGAUUUCAGCGGGAGCAGCGAUGGAGCGCCCGCAGUGCUGUUAUUUUCUCUCUUUGAUGCUGAUGUUCAUUGUUCAUUAUUCCCAGAGCAUGGAGAGAAAAAAGGAUAUUCUAGCAGAAAAACUACUUGUACUUACUGUUGCCACACAAGAAACGGAUGGCUUCCUUCGCUUCAUGCAAUCAGCAAACUACUUCAACUAUACUGUGAAGGUGCUGGGGAUGGGCGAGGAGUGGAAGGGAGGUGAUGUGGGUCGGUCCAUCGGUGGAGGCCAGAAGGUUCGACUACUGAAGGAGGCCAUGAAGGGACUGGCUGACCAAGAAGACCUGGUGGUCCUUUCUGUCGACAGUUAUGACCUCAUUUUUGCUGGUGGACCUGAGGAGAUUCUAAGAAAGUUCCACCAGAUGAACCAUAAGGUGGUGUUUGCUGCAGAUGGCAUUAUCUGGCCAGAUACGCAACUGGAAGAGAAGUACCCCACCAUCCGCAAUGGGAAACGUUUCCUUAACUCUGGAGGCUUUAUUGGCAAUGCUCCAUACAUACACACGAUUGUGAACCAGUGGGACCUUCAUGACAAUGACGACGAUCAACUAUUCUACACAAAGAUCUACUUGGAUCCACUUCAAAGGGAAAGGCUUAAUAUGACCUUGGACCACAAAUGUGAGAUUUUCCAAAAUUUGAAUGGAGCAGUAGAUGAAGUUCUUCUGAAGUUUGGGACAGAGCAGGUGCGAGUGAGGAACACAGUCUUCAACAGUCUUCCGGCGGUAAUCCACGGAAACGUGAACACCAAGAUAUACUUGAAUUACUUGGCCAACUACAUUCCCAAUGCGUGGAACUAUGAGCGUGGCUGUCUCAUCUGUGACCAAGACAUGGUGGAUUUGUCUCAGCUUAAAGAAUAUCCACGAGUGACUGUUGGUGUAUAUAUCGAGCAGCCGACCCCAUUCCUGCCUGAGUUCCUCGAGCGGCUUCAGACUCUAGAUUAUCCCAAAGAUAAACUGGCCAUCUUUGUUCAUAACAGUGAGGUUUACCAUGAGAAGCACAUCCAGAAGUUCUGGGAAGAGAACAAGGAUGUAUUCCACAGUUUUAAGGUUGUUGGCCCAGAAGAGAAUUUGAAUCAAAGAGAAGCACGUAACAUGGGCAUGGAUUUGUGUCGGAAGGAUCUUUCAUGUGAGUAUUACUUCAGCAUUGAUGCAGACGUUAUGCUCACUAAUCGACAGACCCUGAAACUCCUCAUCGAGCAAAACAGAAAAAUUAUUGCCCCUCUGGUCACCCGUCAUGGAAAACUGUGGUCAAACUUUUGGGGAGCCCUGAGUCUGGAUGGUUAUUACGCGAGAUCUGAGGACUACAUCGACAUUGUGCAGGGGAAGCGAGUUGGCGUGUGGAAUAUCCCCUUCAUGGCCCACAUCUACCUGAUCAAGGGCCAGGCUCUGAGAAAUGAACUGAGAGAGAGGAAUGUCUUUGUCUUGGAGAAGCUUGACCCUGACAUGGCCAUGUGCAGGAAUGCCAGAGAGCUGACAGUACAAAGAGAAAGAGAAUCUCCCUCACCGGAAUCAUUCCAUAUGCUCAGACCUCCAAAGGGAGUUUUCAUGUACAUAACAAAUCGCCAUGAAUUUGGAAGGCUAAUAUCGACGGCCAACUAUAACACUUCUCAUUAUAACAAUGACCUUUGGCAAAUAUUUGUAAAUCCUCUGGACUGGAAAGAGAAAUACAUCCACCCAAACUACACACGGAUUUUCACAGAAAACCUCUUAGAGCAGCCAUGCACAGAUGUUUUCUGGUUCCCUGUGUUUUCGGAAAAAGCCUGUGAUGAGUUGGUGGAGGAGAUGGAAAACUAUGGGACAUGGUCUGGUGGAAGUCACGAGGACAGGCGUAUCACUGGAGGGUAUGAGAGUGUCCCGACAGAUGACAUUCAUAUGAAACAGAUCGAUUAUGAUAAGGAAUGGCUGCACUUUAUCAGAGAAUUCAUCUCCCCUGUCACUCUCAAGGUCUUCUCUGGCUAUUACACCAAAGGCUAUGCGGUUAUGAACUUUGUGGUGAAGUACACCCCAGGCCGACAAGCCUAUUUACGACCACAUCACGAUUCCUCAACAUUUACCAUUAAUAUUGCCCUCAACAACAAGGGCAUGGACUUCCAGGGUGGAGGGUGUCGAUUCCACAGAUAUAACUGUUCCAUAGAGUCUCCUAGAAAAGGCUGGAGCUUCAUGCAUCCAGGUAGACUCACCCACCUUCAUGAAGGACUACCUACCACCAGCGGCACACGCUACAUAGCAGUGUCCUUCAUAGAUCCAUAGAUGCUUCCGACAGUUCUUGGAACUCUAGAUGAGGAAUUUACGUUUAUGUUUGAGUGGUCUAAUUUGUUUGGUUGUCCGUUUGUUUUUGCUGACUUAUUCUUGGUUCAUGUGUUGUGUGACUGUUUGUGUUUGCUCUAAACAUUUACUACUGUCGAGAAAGAAGAAAAAAUGCUGUUCAACACAAGUGUAAUAAAGGUUUCUAAGUUGUGAGCGUGCACACACAAAUACAAACACACACACACACACACACACAAAGACUUUUACACAUAUUGUUUUAGUUUCAACAUUACAUAACAAGAGAGAUUUGACUGUAUUUUUUUCUACUGCAGUAUUGGUAACACAUCAGGUGAUGUCAGUAACUCUUUAUUUUAACAGGUUUGGUUCAGGUUGUUUAGCGUUAGGGUAUAAGUAUAAUUUUACUUGGUUACUUUCAUUUUAGAUUGUGUGCUCAGGUGAGCUUAAUGUGUACUGUACAAGAGGUCUGCAACUAAUGAUUAUUUUGAUAAUCAAUAAAUCUAACAAUUAUUAGAACAAUUAUUCAACUAUUCGCGAUUAUUGCAACGAUUAAUCAUUAGCUCUUAACUGAUUAUUCAGCUUUUGUCCUGGCUUAAAAGGUUGUAUUAAACGUGCUUACUAACAAUAAAGAGGACAAAAUCAUCUUUUAAAAAUACCUAUAAAUGACAUUCACUGAAUUAAAGGGAUAAAAAAACGUUUAAUUCAGUAAAUAAAUUCACUAAAAAAUCAUUUUGUUAUCAAGUGUUUUUGUUUUCCAUUUAAAAUUGUCUAAAAAUCCUUAAAACAAGAUACAUUUACGUGUGAAGCAACAUAUAAGAUAUUUAGACUUGCUUUAAAAGAAUGUAUCUUAAAUAUAAGUGUAUUUUGAUACGUGUAUUUUUUCACUUGUUCAUACUUCUGCCAGUGCAGUAAAGCCAAAAUAUACUUAUAUUCAAGAUCUAUUGCUCUAAAAGCAAGUCUAAAUAUCAUAUAUGCUGCUUCUCAGGUGAAUGCAUCUUUUUUAAAGAAUUUUUAGAUAUUUUAAAAUAUUUGCAUUUGUAAUAUUAUAUUCAACUUUUAUAUAUAGAGUUUAAUAUAUUUAAAUUGGAAAACAAGCCAAAACAAAAACAAACAAUAAACUUAUUUUGUUGCAGUGUAUAAUGGGGCGAAGACCCAUCUUUAACUCACAAAAAAUAAACUCUCUCGUAUUAAUAAAGCUGCGUAUUGCCAGUUUUAUUCACGAUAAGAAAUGCACAGUGACAUAUUAUGAUUCAAUAAGUCGCAAACCAUCACAUUAUAAUCUAGCUGCAGUAAGCGUGCACUCUUUUGUCCCCGCAACAAAGUGCGCACCAGCCGGGUGCAGUUUCAGUCUGUCCCCUUUUGAUCGGGACAUUCACACAACUCAUAGAAGAGGCGCUGACCGCACAGAGAAAUGAGAGUUUGUAGUUAUUUACAUGAUCUGCUUCCUUGUUUUUUUAACUUUAAUAAAACUGUAACGCAUAAAAUAUAACUGUAUUUGAGAUGUAAUGCUGAGGUGUUUCCUUUAAAAAAAACUCUGGCUCUGCUUAUUCCACUACGAGAGUGCAUCUGUAUUUAUUUAUUUGGUAUUUUUGCAUUAUAAUUCCCUCAUACUUUGCGAUCUACAUCACCUGAAGCUGUUUGGAAAGUUUAGAGUGCAUCUGAACUGUGUGAGCUGUGUAAUUCUUCUUCUUCGCAGUCGGGCAUGAGCUGCUGUGCUCCUCUCGUGUGUCAUCAUUAGAGUUAAAUGUGAUCUCAUAUCAUGAGCUCAAACGACUAUUCGAGAAUGAACAUCUUUGUCGACAUGUUUAUAUUGUCGAUAACGUCGACUAAUAGUUUCAGCCCUACUGUACAAUUAUCUGGAUUUGUUCAAAUUGAAGAUGUAAUACAAUAACAUGUAGUAACUGACCAUGUGUUUACUGACCAAAUGGUUAUUACCAAGGGGUUACACAACUUUUCCAGCAUCUAUGGAUCAUGGAUAUACUGUCAAAAUGUUUGACCAUCUUCAAUAAAUAUAGAUAUAAUACUGUAUCUUUGCACAAAAGGAAUUAAAAUUAAUUCUGGUUGAAGUUUAUUUGUAAACAAUGUUUUGCUGAAGGAAGAUGUUUUACUGUAAAAUACAAAGUAAAAUAUGCCUUAUUUCUUGAACUGAAAAUGUCUCAGAGAUAUUAAAUGUUUUACUUUCUCUGAAAGUUUUCCUUAUAAAUGUCUCAGCCAGGUCAAUCUCUUAACUUAUUUUGAAAUUGUUGAAGUAAUAAAAUGUGUUUUUAAAAAGAAAAAGCUUUGUGUUGAAAGCUGUUAAGGACAAAAUGAUACAUUUUGCAUUAAAAAUAGCCAGUGAU